AUGCUAACGCACCACCUCGUUAUCCAUUUUCUUAUAGCAGUGAUACUAUUUCUUACUGGGGUCUUUGUAAAUGGCUUCAUUGUGGUGGUGAAUGCAGUGGACUUCAUCAAGCAGAGACAAAUGGCUCCAUUGGACUUGCUUGUGUCCUGCCUGGCAACUUCAAGGAUUAGUAGCCAAAUCCUCACCUUCCUUGCAAAUCUGGCUCUUCUCUCCUUCAUGGCACAGUCAGUAAUUUCUAAGCUUAAUAUUUUCUUUAUAUUUUUAACUAUUUGGGGGCUUUGGUUGGCCAAGUGGCUUGGUGUUUUCUACUGUGCCAAGAUCACCACCAUCCCACACCCUCUGUUCUUCUGGAUGAAGAUGAGGAUUUCCAGGUUGGUGCCCUGGUUGAUCCUGGGGUCUACAUUGUAUGCAUCUAUCAGUUCUGGCAUCCACGAAGUAUCUGCACAGACUAUUAUACAAAAACCUUUGCUCAAAUUUUUCUCCAGAAAUGCAACUCAAACAAAAGGAAUAGACAUUGUACCACUUUCUAUUUUGAUUUUUCAUCUUACACUGCCAUUAAUUAUCUUCCUCAUUGCUGCUUUGCUCUUGAUUUUCUCCCUAGUAAGACAUGCCCAGCAGAUCAGAACGACUGCUAUGGGAACCAGAGAUGCCUGCAGGUUUGCCCCAAUUAGGGCAAUGCUGUCCAUCUUGUCCUUCCUAAUCCUCUACUUCUCCCACUACACGAUGGCCAUUUUGUUCUUUUCUCAAAUAUUGCAGUUUGGAAGCUUCCUCUUUGAAUUCUUCACCUUGGUAAGUAGUACCUACCCCCUUAUACACUCUGUCAUCUUAAUUUUAGGAAAUGUUAAACUGAAACAAAAUGCAAAGAAGUUCCUGCUCUGUGGCCUGUGGGGCCAUUGA